AUGAAGUCUUUUAGAAGAGCAAUUACCAGGUUCAAGGGAAAGUCGUUUAAAGACAUAUCCGCGGCAUCAAGGAACAAUCCACCUCCACCCGCACCUGCACCUGCAGAACAGGCACAGCAACAGGUUAUGGCGGAUACCAGCGACACCCUGCAGCUCGCCCUGCAAAACAGGACCAAUUCGAGCAAUGUCUACGCAUACAUCACAGGGCUCGCACUCAACAACGGCAACAAGCCCAUCUUCAUCCAGUCUGACGGCAGAACCGUCUACUCGCCUACGUCGCCGAGCCAGCCGCUGGCAGAUGUCACUGUCGACGUGGCUAUCCCGCUUGGAGCACCAGGCAAUACCGUCACAGCAACGAUUCCCAAGAUUGCAGGUGGACGAAUCUGGUUUGUCGUCGACGCCCGCCUGACCUUCUUCGUCAACCCUGGCCCUCACAUCGUCAACCCUAGUGUCAGCAACCCAACCGAUCCCAACUUCAACCUGAACUGGACGUUCGCGGAAUUCACCUACAACGACCAGCAGCUCUUCGCCAACAUCUCCUAUGUCGACUUCGUCAGCAUCCCCGUCGCGCUGACCCUCACCACGCGCAACAGCGGGACCCUGUCCGUGCCCGGCAUGGGCCCCGACGGCUUCCAGCGCGUCGUGGACGAGAUGCGCGCGCAGACGCAGCGCGACGGCAGGCCCUGGGACCAGCUGAUCCACAGCCACAACGGCACGGCGCUGCGCGUCCUCAACCCCAACGCCGCCAACAACGCCGCCUGGAGCAACUACUGGGACGCGUACGUGCGCGCCGUGUGGGACAAGUACCGCAGCGAGGACAUGACCAUCAACACGCAGGCCGCGGCAGGCAACCUGACGGGCCGCGUCGUCAACAACGCGCUGCAGCUCGGCGCCGCGGGCUCGUUUGCCGCGCCGUCGUCCGCAGACAUCUUCUCGUGCUCCACGGGCCCGUUCCAGACGGGCCAGAGCCUGGCGCGCGACGGCGUGAUCCCGCGGCUCGCGGCCGCGUUCAACCGCAGCCAGCUGCUCAACACGCCGGGGAAUCAGUUCCCGAAUGGCGGCGCGCCGGACGCGUAUUACCGCGACCCGACGACGAAUCAUUAUAGUCGCGCGGUGCAUGCGGUGCAGCGCGACGGUAGGGGGUAUGCGUUUCCGUAUGAUGAUGUGGUGCCGGACGGCGGGCGGGAUGUGGCGGGGACGCUGCACGCGGGGGAUCCGGUGUUGUUUACGCUUGCGGUGGGGGGGAAUUAG